AUGUCGAACACUCAACCAUCAACAACACUAGAUCGUGAAUCUGUCAAUCUCUUGCAUAAACUAUUAGAAGCUCCUCCUUCCUCGCUCAAGUUGUUGUCAGAUGAGUUGGCCACAGAGCCAGGCGAGUCACCAGCAUCACUUGCGAACAGGGCAAUCGCCGCCAUCCAUUCGUGGUCGACGAGGGACAAAGUAGACUUUAUCCAGGGACAUCCUCGAAUUGGAGAACAGUCCAAUCUGUCUGCCAUGUCCGCCGCUGAGCAGGCAAAAUAUGCCACACCACCCGAAGUCCUCCAGAGACUUGCGAUUCUUAAUGAAGAGUACGAACGGCGAUUCACUGGACUCAGAUAUAUUACGUUUGUCGCAGGGCGCACCCGAGCACAGAUUGUAGACGAGAUGGAAGACAGUAUGAAUAUCCGGAGAGGCUCCAAUAUCUCUGGAGAGGAGCCUUCCCCGCUAGGGCCUGGUGACGAACUAUGGGAGUCGGAGCUCUCGAGAGCUAUUGAUGAUAUUGGGAGAAUAGCGCAGGAUCGUGCUAAGAAGCUAUAG